CUCCAACAAUGGAGUGGCUCAUACCAUCAGCGCUGAUUGUUGCGGGGACAUUCUCCUCCAAACAAACCUAACACAACUCUCAUUACUUUGCCGUGAAAGCAUCUGUCGCACGGGAUUAAACUCGAAAACGAGGUCAAGUUGAGGAAUCUGCCGUUAGUUGGGUCGGACCACAUUUAAUGUCAAUUUGAGCAAUAUCUUACCAAAGAAACCCUUUUCAGAAAAAAAAAGUGUCUGGAUGGUUCUGCGCCGCCGCCUCUUCUAGCAGGAGUGCAUUUGAUAUCAGAGACGGUGCGGCCAUGGAUCUGACCAGGGGAUUUAAAUACUUGGAUUCUGUGGCACGCCGUGCAGCUCUGUGAGGAUGGAAAGAAACUAAGUGGGAUUUUAACCAACCUAUCAGGUAGUGUCGUCGCAGCAAAAGGAUGCCACUGGUUAAGCGCACCAUCGAGCCUAGGCACCUGUGCCACACGGUACUGCCUAGGAACAUCAAGAACGAGCUGGAGUGUGUGACCAACAUCUCCUUGGCCAACGUCAUCCGCCAGCUCAGCAGUCUCAGUAAAUAUGCAGAGGACCUUUUUGGGGAGCUGUUCAAUGAAGCCCACUCCUUCUCUUUCCGGGUUAACUCCUUGCAGGAGAGGGUGGACCGACUUUCAAUCAGCGUCACACAACUAGACCCCAAAGAAGAAGAAUUGUCUCUUCAGGACAUCACCAUGAGGAAGGCCUUCAGGAGUUCUACCAUUCAGGACCAGCAGCUGUUUGACCGCACGUCUCUGCCCGUCCCUCUGCAGGAGAGCCUCCAGACCUGCGAGGAGCCGCCACCUCUCAACAUCCUUACGCCCUACAGGGAUGAUGGUAAGGAAGGUCUGAAGUUCUACACGGAUCCGUCAUACUUCUUUGACCUGUGGAGGGAAAAGAUGCUGCAGGACACGGAGGACAAGAGGAAAGAGAGACGGAAGCAGAAGCUGGAAAUGCCUUAUCUUGUGUGUCCCAAGAGUCUUAUAAGAACCCUCUCUGAAACCCCUCCUCCUGUCCCUUCUUCCCUCGAGUUGCAGGACCCCCGCAUGUAUGAUCAGGUCUAUAGGUACUUAGACCUUCCAGGGCAGCUCAAGGCUAUCGACCGUCCGCCUGACCUGGAGAAGGUGCCCCGGCAGCCUCACGAUCGGAAGAAGGAUUGGCAGAAGCUGGCACUGGGGGCAGAGCUCGCCCAGGACGCACCAGAAAACAAGCACAGGGAGGCCAACGGAUCAACUGGUUACCACGACAGCAGAGCCGCCUUGUACAUGGAACAUCUGGACGGUCCCUUCUCGCUUGCAGCGCUGCCCUACACCCAGAUGAACGAGCUGCUGAACCGCACCGGGGACAGAAUGUAUGCCCGACCCCAUGACCCUCCGCCACCGCCUCCUCCUGGGCACCCACUGGGCGAAAUAAAGCCCCCUUCUGUGAUCAGCUCCAGUUCAGGUUUCUCCGACAGCAGACCUCAAUCCCCAGCGAGGACAGCAGGCCUCAACUCCAGCACUCCUCCUCCGCCACCACCCCCUCUGCCACCACCUCCUCCUCCAUUGCCCUCCACGGGCCUACGAGGCAACGGUCCUCCUCCCAUUCCUCCUCUUCCUGUCCAACAUCACCCUCCAGCAAUCCCUCCUCCCCCUGCUCCUCUCCAGAUCGCGCCUGGGGUGCUCCACCCGGCCCCACCCCCCGUUGCACCUCCCCUCCACUCUUUGUCCCCGGCCCGCCUCCAGCACGGCCAGGAUAGGGGCCCAUGCGGAGGCUCUAAAACCCAGUCAGAUGGCACCAUCUUGCCCCCUCCCCCACCACCACCCCCACUGCCGCUCCCUGGAGUGCGGAGCUCGUCACCUUGUCCAUCAGGCCCUCCACCUGUGCCGGCCUUCCCCUCAGCAGGGGCCAUGGCUUCCCCACCUCCUCAUGCCUUGCACGAUGUGGUGACCAAGAGGCACUAUCCAUCCAGUCUGCCACCAAUCAGCGAUGCACGCAGCGUACUCUUGGAAGCUAUCAGGAAAGGAAUCCAGCUACGAAAAGUCGAAGAGCAACGAGAACAAGAGGCUAAGCACGAGCGAGUCGGGAAUGACGUGGCCACCAUCCUCUCGCGGCGCAUUGCUGUGGAGUACUCUGACUCAGAGGACGAGUCUGAGUUUGACGAAGGGGACUGGAUGGAAUGACGAAGGGGACUGGAUGGAAUGACGGAGGGCGUUGGGGAUAAAAACGAGCCGUCGGUGGUUGAUGAUGAAACAUUUUCAGGGGGCUCCCCCAACCGCCGACGCCCCUCAGCUCGCCAUCAAAGAAGAGGAGGGUUUUGAUCACCCCCAUUUCCACAGUCGAGCUUCCUUUUUUUUUAAUCUUGUCAUAUCUCUGUCUUGUUGUGCUUUGUGUUCAGCGGAAACAUUCUACCUUGCUCUCAUUUGUCUGUCUAGGGUUUCAAGACUUGCUCUCCUUGGUUUGGCCUUCAUUCAUUUCUGCAAUUUCAAUCUUCCAGGUUUAUCUUGUAAUGACUUAUUUUUACUGGUAUACAUAAACAAUUUUUUUCUUUAUCUGUUCAGUAAUGGUGGACAAACAUAGAGAAGGAAAAAUGAAGGUAUGUUUCUUGUAUCUUGUGUUUUUCAAUAUGAUUUUGCCACCUGGUGGCUGAAUAUGGCAUUGAGUGAAUGCUGCUUUUGUUUUAUUGUCUUUUAUAGUCUUAAAACAUAUAUUGAUUUAGCAGGCCAGUAGUUUCCAGUACUGAGCACUACAUGAACAGUUUGAACACCAGCUGGUUUGUUUUUUCUUUUAUGGCUUUACCAUAAAAGCAGGCAUUCCUUUGUUUUAGCAUUUGGCUGCUGUGACCAAAUGUAUGCAUAUUCAUCCAUUUACCUUUAAUCCAGGGGAAAUGUUUGACAAGAGGUUGCAUUUUUCUAUCUGUCCAGGUUCCAUGGAGCCGCUUCUGCCAUUCCUGGUCUCUAAAAAAUGAUGGAAAUGUCUAAAAAAAAAAAAGAAACACUAAGCCAUUGUAUUUUUUCUUAAAAUAGAUUCAACACUUUUCAUGACUCUGGGAGUGAUUUUAUACUCUGCGAGUGUAUCAGACUUCCUGCCUUUCUCAUUGUUCCGCGUGCACAAAGAGAGCCAGAGCAACGCAGGGUGCGGACCAAUAAAUCUCCGGAAGGCAGCUUUUCUGUCAGAUCCUCCUCCGCCUUUACUAUGUACCUGCCCACCAAACCACAGACCUUUUCUCAUUUGCUUCUGCAUCUGUUGAGAGGAAAAUCUGCGUGUUACUGACUUUAUGAGGCCUAAAACAGAAGAACGUGUUAUGCCUUGAUUUGCAUCAUUGCAAAGUAAAUGUCGGCCAUUGCUCUCAGUUAGAUGUUUUUCUUUUUUUUUCCUCAUUUUCUUUUUUUCAACUUGCCUUAUUGUUCGUACAAAGCGUAUUAUUAAGUUGAUGAAUGUAUUGUGCUGUUACUACUUACUUGCCUGCGCUUGUAUGGAUUUGCUGUUUCUAUGUUUUGGGGCACAACGGGACUGAAACCCUGGUUUAAUGAAAAUUUGAAAAAGAUUAGAACAUUACUGUAUAUCAUAUAACUUAUGUAACUGUUGACUGUAACAGUUUGCUUGAAUAAAUAAAAAUCUAAUGUUAUGUUUCA